AUGAAUUCGUUCCUCUAUUCCCCGGGCGUUCGCCUGGCCUUGCUCGUCGUGAUGCAGGCCAUCCUCGGAUUCGGCUCAUUCGUGAACGCGUCGACGCCCUCGCUUCCAGGAGCCGCGUCGUAUGUUGCGCCAGCUGGCUUUCCAACCUCGGUAUUUGUGCGACACAGGUCGUAUUACGAAUCUCCAGCCCUGCCCACCCGCGAGCCCCAGCCGAUUAUCUACGACCCUGUCCUGGACAUUACAUUUCCUUUCGAACUGACCAACCCGGAUAUUAUCCCAGAGAACUCCGAUGAGCGCCUUUUCCCCAAUCCAAAGGCCAACCUCCUCCCUCACGAAAAGGCCGGUCUUAUCAACGAUGUGAUGGCCAAUGUCACCAACAUCAUCAAGUCCAACAACACCGAGAGCCACUGCGCCAAGUGCAAGCGCGCAUUGGCUGCUGCAAAGCCUGCCGCCUUGUACACUCCCCUGAAGGCUCCGGAUGCCAUGGUACAUCUGUGCAAAGCUUUCUCCUUCGCCUCUAAUCUGACUUGCGAAGAAACGUACUCGUGGAAUGCAUUCGGCCCGAUCUGGACUCAGGUGUUGGCGUACGCUGAUGUGGAGGGUCUCGAUGGUGAUUACAUCUGCAACAAUUUGAAGAGCAGUUUCUGUCCUCAGCCGCAUGCGCAGCCAUUGCACAAUAGUCAGAGCUUGUUCCCUAAGCCUAAGCCGGAGAACCCCACCGUUCCUAAGGCGAGUGGGAAGCGGAUCAAAGUCCUUCACAUGUCUGAUUUGCAUCUGGAUGCUCGGUUCUCGGUCAACUCGGAGGCAAACUGCUUAUCGUAUUUGUGCUGUCGCAGUGGCAACCACAACAAGUCUACGCCCGAGAUUCUGCUUCCUGCAUCGCCCUAUGGAUCUUUCAAGUGCGACACUCCUUAUGACCUCGCUCUUGCCGCGCUACAGGCCGUGGGCCCGUUGACCGGUACAGGAAAAAGUACAUGUGGGGGCAAGGGAGCUCUUGCUUUCACUUUGUACACGGGUGACAUGGCGUCGCAUGAUCCGGAACAUCAGAUCUCGCAGCGGUAUCUUGAGUACAUCGAGACCUCCAUUUUUGACAUGUUCAAGCACUAUCUCUCGGGCCCGGUUUUUGUUGCUCUAGGAAACCACGAUUCUGCACCCUCCAACAUUGAUGCUGCUCAUAACCUUCCCGGACGUCUGGGACAGCAGAUGAGCUGGAACUACGAUCAUGUGUCUGGUCUGUGGGAGCAUGAGGGGUGGAUCAGCCAUGAGACUGCAAAGGAAGCGCGAACCCAUUAUGGUGGCUAUUCGGUCAAGACUCAUUAUGGGCUGCGCAUUCUUUCGUACAACACAGAUCUCUGGUACAAACACAACACCCUCAAUCUGAUCAACACUACCAAUCCAGACAAUUCUGGGAUGCUCAGCUGGAUUAUCGAAGAGCUUCAAAAGGCCGAAGACGAGGGCGAGCGUGUCUGGCUCAUUGGUCAUGUUCUCAGCGGCUGGGACGGCUACAACCCCAUGCCCGAUCCAACCAACAUCUUCUACCAGAUCGUUGACCGGUACUCUCCCCACGUAAUUGCUAACAUCUUCUUCGGACACAACCACGAAGACCAAUUCAUGGUGUACUACGCAAACAACGGAACCGUUCAAAAUGCAGAGAAUGCCCUGGCCACCGGCUGGAUCAUGCCAAGCUUGACCCCUCUAACCAACUUGAACAGCGCUUUCCGGAUGUACGAGGUUGACACGGGAGACUUCAACGUCUACGAAGCAUAUACCUUCUACAGCAAUGUCUCGGAGUAUCCUAGUCUGCACGGCGAGGGCCCAACCUACAAGCUCGAGUACUCCACGCGCGACACGUACGGCCCAGCAGCAGAGUGGCCCACGGACGCCCCUCUCAACGCCACGUUCUGGCACCGCGUGACGGAAGGUAUGGAAAAGGAUUUGAGUCUAGUGAGCUGGCACAAUACUCUCCAGGGUAAGAUGAGCGAGAAAAGUCCGAACUGCACAACCGAGGUGUGUCAAAAGGCAAAGAUUUGUUACAUGCGCAGUGGUAGUGCUCCACUGGGGUACUUGUGCAAGCAGGGAUAUGGCUCGGUUCAGAGUCCCUUCAAGGAGAAAUAG